ACCGGGUCCAUCCGCCAUCAGCAGCCAAUCAGGCCUGGAUCCCGGCCAUUGCUAAUCCCUUACGAAGCGCCCGGGGGGCUUAGAAAGAACGCUUAGAAAGCCGCGGAAGAUUCCGUCCGGCCCCAGCACCCAGCAUAUGCAGUGGCAAUGUGGAACCAUCUCGGCUUGGUUCUACGGAGGCCAGACGGUAGACAGUUGACGGGUAACAGCGAGCAGCUGCGAGCGGACAGUCCACCGUUGGCUGCAGAAGAAGAGAAUAGGGCUCGGGUCGUCGGACCUCCGUCGGACCUCCGGGCGGGAUGCCGACUACUACUACUACUACUACUACUACUACUACUACUACUACUGCUGCUACUAUCCUCCUCCUCCGGGGGGUAUCCCACCCAGCAAGGACCAGAUCCCCUUUCGACGGAGGGCGCGGGGAGACAUGAUAACUCCCAGUCUGCUGUUACGAGGAAUAGCCGGGGGUCUACGGGGUGGCAACAGCACCUACGGAAGCGGAAGAAAGGAAAAGAAAUCCAUCACGAUCUAGUGUAUACUGUACUCAUGACAUCCCCCCCCCCUUUUUCAAAUCUGCCGUGGGUCUAAGCCCUGGAUGAUAUGAUAUACACUGCCCAUCUCCGCUCCCUGGGCCCUCACGAUUCACCGCAGGGCCGGCUGGACGCUAUGGCCCCAGGCCCGCAACAUUCCGUUUU